GCGAUCAGUCAGUCAGUUGGGGAUCCCUUAACAAGCCUGUGCUGCUCUCUUUAGUCCCGAGGAAGUGAAGACACAAAACAGCCAAGAUGGCUGACAAGAAAGGCAACGUGUCCUCAAGCCGUAAGCACACUCUGAAGAGUUGUAUGCUGGCACUUGCUAAGGAUUGGCUUGAAGCUGAAGCAUUAGAGAAAGUUAAAGAGAGGGAGAGAUACAUGGAAGAGAACUGCCCUCCUCUGGAGAUGUCCCACUCCAAGGAUGAUUUGAUGGAGCUUUGCAAAAAGAUGUACGACAAAAUUAAUGUGAUUGAUGAGGAGAGAUACAACUUAGAAUAUAAAGUGAUCAUGGUUUGCAAUGAGGUUUUAGACCUAAACAUAAAAAUAGUUGACCUGAGGGGCAAGUUCAAGAAGCCAGCUCUGAAGAAAGUGCGUAUGUCUGCUGAUGCUAUGCUCCAGGCUCUGCUGGGCUCCAAGCACAAGGUGACCAUGGAUCUGAGAUCCAACCUGAAACAAGUGAAGAAAGAUGAGAAGAAAGAGGAUAAGGAAUUGCGUGACGUUGGUGACUGGCGUAAGAACAUUGACGACAAGGCUGGUAUGGACGGCAGGAAGAAGAUGUUUCAGGGAGAUAAUUAGAUCAUUGGGCUGUGUUUGUUUGAUGUGACUGACUACUGUCCUGUAAUAAAUAGAGGAAACAGAAACAGAGAGUAAGAAAGUCUUCGGAAGAUGUGUGAAAUGGUCUGUCUGUUGAUUUACUGCUUUACUCCCUGUAGUAGAGUAGCCUACUGUACAGUGACAAACUUUUCAAAUAAAUUGUCUUAAGGAAAUCAUUAAAAAUUUAUAUUAUUUAUAUUUUGUCAUUUUGAUACACAAAGAGAACUAAAAUGCUAAAUCUUGCAACCACUUGCAGUGGUUCCCUGGUAAUGUUCUAGACUGCUGAGUUGCCCAUAUCUCUUUCUUUUCAAAAGUCACAUAUGCAGAUCACUCCUAUAGUUAAAGAUGCGUUAUAAAGGUUUUGAUUAAUUUCAGACAGUAGUUUUGAAAGUAGUGCUCAAAAGUCAAAACGGGCUCCUGAAAAUAGUGCACAAUUGUGUGCAACGUCACCCAUUUUGUAUGAUACGUUACAUCCUCCAAAUAAAAAAAAAGAAUAAUCUUAAAA